UUGCCAAAGGGGCGAGCGCGUAAAUUGGCUCCUAAGUUUAUCGGACCAUUCAAGAUCUUGAAAGCUUAUGGCAAUGAUUCCUUCAAGAUUAAGCUUCCUGCCGAGUUAAGACAGCGGGGCAUUCACGAUGGAUUCCAUGCGAGUCUACUCCGAAUUCAUGUCCCCAAUGAUGACCGGCGCUUCCCUGGCAGACAGUUGCACCAGAUCAAGGGCUUUGGGAAGACGGCACAAUGGGCUGUUCAGAAAAUAUUGUCACACCGUGGCAAUGCGAAGCAGGCCUAUUUCGAAAUUGAAUGGACAACAGGCGACCGAACCUGGCUUCCUUACCACGAGGUACAACACUUGCCGUUUCUAGCCGAAUAUUUGGAGGCUUUGGACAUAAGCGAUAUCUCUAAACUAAAGGGCUCAAGUCUGCAAGAAAUACCGACGCCAGAG